AGAACGCUACGCACGUCGGUCGGGAACACGGCACACGCACUUUGAAGCCGCCCGCCAACCGUUGUGGAAGCCGCCAUGAGAGCGUUGUUCGCGUACCUAGCUCUCCUCUGCUCCGCCUGCCUCGCGAGCCAAGACAGCUCCAAUGGCUCCCGCGGACACGCCUGCUCCGUCGAUCCAAGUGCUACGAAUCCGCUCGUGAAGUACAGAGUUGUGCCAGACGUAAUCAGCCAGGUGCCCCAGGGAGUGGCGAACGUCAAUUACGGUGAUGGUACGGCGGUGUGCAUGGGGAACACGAUCUCUCCUCAAAUCACGAGCAACAAACCCACCGUUAGUUUCGAAGCGCAAGACGCUCUCCCUCCUUACACGCUCGUGAUGGUGGAUCCAGAUGCACCUAGUGCGUCUGAACCGACCUACAGGAGCUAUCUGCACUGGGUGGUGGUGAACGCACCGAGCAGUGACGGGUUCGGCGAAGGUGAGGAGGCUGUCCAGUACAUCGGACCGGCGCCACCCCAAGGAUCGGGGCCGCACCGUUAUGUGUUCCUGGUCGUCGCUCAGAAUGGAAGAAACAUUUCCAAAUCCGACGUGUCGUACGGUGAUAGAAAGAGCUUCAACUUCGAGAUGUUCCUCCAGAACAAUUCCUUGCCGCAGCCGCUUGCCGCGAAUUUCUUCUUCUCUGAAACUCCUGGCACUUCAGGUGCUAAGAAGUCUGGUUAAUAAAGCCAGCUGUUUUACCGUA